AUGGAGACAAACACCAACAAUGCUAGCACUCAAGUUGCCGCUUACAAGCUGGGCAACACAUCAUCAUCACCAACAUGGGAAGAAAUCCGGGGCAGCAACAACUGGAAGGACCUUCUGGAGCCUCUGAACCUUGAGCUUCGUGAGUUCAUCCUCCGCUGCGGCGACUUUUGUGAGGCCACCUACGACGCCUACAUGAAAGAGUCUAUGAAUUUCCCGGAGUCGUCGUUCUUCAACGACGUGAUGCUCCAAAAUGCCCCCGACUAUCAAGUCCGUUACUUCCUCUACGCCCCAUCUGGUUCAAAUAUCAUCGGCGUCCAAAGCACCAAGUCGGAGAUCAAUUCGACACACUGGAUUGGCUAUGUAGCUGUCACAACGGACGACGUCAGCAAGAAAACCGGCCGGCGAGAGAUCUACGUUGUCUGGCGCGGCACCGACAAUGUGGGGGAGUGGAUUACAAAUCUUUUUGGGGCUCUACACAGCAAACCUUUGGGGGGUUCCCUGAUUGAAAGCGGUAACAAGGAAGUGACAGUCCAUGGGGGUUGGCUUGAGAUGUAUACCGAUGAGAAGGUCGUCACCGGGGGUAUAAGCGUGAGAAAGCAACUACACAAUGCCAUCCAGGAACUGAAGCAGGAGUACGAAGGCCGCGAGGAGAAGCUGAGCUUAGUGAUAACAGGGCACAGUCUAGGAGGGGCUUUGGCGACUCUGAGCGCCUUUGAUCUCGUUGAAAACAAAAUCAUUGGUGAUCAUAUUCCUGGUGUCUCGGCCAUUGUUUUCAGCUGUCCAAAUGUGGGCAAUGAGGCGUUUAGGAAGAGGGUACUGGAAACACAUUCUAAACAGAUUAAGAUUUUGCAUGUAAAGAACGUCAGGGAUAUCGUACCGCGUGUUCCUUUUGUCUUGCUUGCCCCUCAUAAGUUCGUUACUACAUCUACGUCUGAGCUGGAAGUAGAUACAUGGAAAUCGCCGUACUUGGAGACUUCUCAGGAACAACACAAAUUUCAGUCAAAAGGGGUUAUUGAGAACAUCUUGAACGUGAUCGAACACCUCCCGUACUUGAUUGAAGGAGCUAUCGAUCAGCACAACUUGGAGGCGCUUUUGCAUGUGGUGGCUUGGUGGAAUGGGAAGGACAAGGAGUUUGACAAGACCCCAAAGGUGAGAAGAAGCUUGGCUUUGGUGAACAAGUGGAGCAAUUAUCUAAAGGAUGAGCUACGCGUUCCGGCACGGUGGUGGGAGGAAAAGGACAAAAAAGGGAUGGUGCCGGUGUUGGAGUGGGUUCCGAAGGAUCAGUGGCCUGAGUGGGCUAAUAUUUUCCUCAUACUCCCGAAACCAAACUGA